AUGACAGAAGCCAACAUCAGGUCAGCUGCAAUUGAGGAAGGUGUUGCAAACAGCUUAUAUGGCAUGGCCAUCAACGUUGACCAAUUGCACUUACUUGAGUCUGUGAAACACCUCGUUGUAACAUCCAGAGCCUUGGUGAUCCUUCAUCUUAGAGUGCCAUUUCCUACAGACAAACUCCAUGAUCCUCUGUUUGAUUCCUUCAGUAAGAACAGAUUCAGCCUUUCAACUUAUGGAGGCCCAAAUAUGUACCUCCUAAGCAAUAAAUACAACUAUGACGAGUACAUCAUCUAUUACGAACAAUUAUGUAAUCCUGUGUUCGACAUGGUUACAUGUCUUCCUUUAGACCCUCCUGGAGACAGUGACUUGACUGAAAGCAGUGAUGAUGUAACACUAUGUGGACACAUCUACUAUGAAGUAGAGUCUAGCGAUGAGUAUGUGUGGGAUACUGAUGGUGACAAGUCUGGAUGGAAAACGACUAACGGCGACACAGAGGACAAUGACAUCCCAUUCCUCUUUGAUUGUGAAAUCUCUGAUGAAGAGAAGACUGAGGACAUCAGCCUUAAACAAGAGGAGAGUGAGGACAUCACUCAUGGACAAGAAGAAAUUGAAGACAUCAUAAGAGGUGCACCUCCUGCAACCAUCAGUGUGUUAAAGGAGGUUGGUGACAUCACCUCCAGGCAAGAAGAGAUUGAGGAUAUCACAGGAGGAGUCCCUAUUAUGACCAUUAGUGAACUCUUCUGUGCUACCCAAUCUAAAUAA